UGCGUGUGUGCGGCGCUAUAAAGUGUUAUGCAAAUAAGUUGCUGCCAAACAAAGAAAGCGGAGAAAGAAAGAAAAGCACGAGGAGAAUGAAGAAAGAAAGAUGAGCACGCGGCUUAUACAAGCAAUAAAACAUUCAUACUUUUAGUUUUAUUAAAAAACCAAUUCGAAAUGAUCGUCGUCUCAAGCGUUUGGCCCCUAUAAGUAGCCGGCGUUUGGCAAACCACUCUGUCACUUUCCUCAGAAGUCAACUCCGGACAAGAUGCGCAUCUACCUGGCCCUGCCGCUCCUGCUGCUGGGCAUCAGCCUCAGCUUGGCCCAGUACCAGUACCAGGAUCCCCACCAAACCCUUGCCCAGCAAUUCGCCGACGUGGUGGAUGUGGUCGAUCCUGCCGAGCAAUCCCUCAAAGCUGUGCGACCACCGAAGAGCCGCAACCAGUGCACCACCAAGCAGAAUUGCUUCUGCGGCACUCCGAAUGUCAACCGAAUUGUGGGCGGCCAGCAAGUGCGCUCCAACAAGUAUCCUUGGACCGCCCAGUUGGUCAAGGGUCGUCAUUAUCCACGUCUCUUCUGCGGAGGUUCCCUGAUCAACGAUCGCUAUGUGCUGACCGCCGCCCAUUGUGUGCACGGCAACAGGGAUCAGAUCACCAUUCGCCUGCUCCAGAUCGACAGAUCUUCCCGGGAUCCUGGCAUUGUGCGCAAGGUGGUCCAGACCACUGUGCAUCCCAACUACGAUCCCAACCGGAUUGUCAACGACUUGGCUCUGCUCAAGCUGGAGUCUCCUGUGCCACUGACUGGAAACAUGCGUCCCGUCUGCCUGCCCGAGGCAAAUCACAACUUUGAUGGCAAGACCGCUGUGGUCGCUGGUUGGGGCCUGAUCAAGGAGGGCGGUGUCACCUCCAACUAUCUGCAGGAGGUCAAUGUGCCCGUCAUCUCCAACGCGCAGUGUCGCCAGACGCGCUACAAGGACAAGAUCGCCGAGGUGAUGCUCUGCGCAGGAUUGGUGCAGCAGGGUGGCAAGGACGCCUGCCAGGGCGACAGUGGUGGCCCACUGAUCGUCAACGAGGGUCGCUACAAGCUCGCCGGCGUGGUGUCCUUCGGCUACGGAUGUGCCCAGAAGAAUGCGCCGGGUGUCUAUGCCAGGGUCAGCAAGUUCUUGGACUGGAUCCAGAAGAACACCGUCGACGGCUGCUACUGCCAGAGCUAG